GAGAAAAUAAAGCGAGAAUUGACUCAAUUGGAGAGUUUAUUACCCGAAAUGAGAGUCAAGAUCGAGGACUCAAACGAUCAAAUGAAUAACGAAAAGGAAGGACUCCAACGACAAGAGAGCGAACGGAUGGCUGAGGAGGCGAUCGCUGCCAAGAAUAAAGAGAUCAAAGAGAAACCAAUCACUAAUAUAUCGCAUCUCAUUAAACGAAAGCGUGAAAAUGGCGAUUCGGACCCGAAUUCAAAGAAAGUUUGUUCAAACGGACACAACGUUCAAAGCAGUGAUAACACAUCUGAUCAGACAUUGGCCACCAAUUAAGUUAUCACUGUUUUAUACCGGUAUUUAUGAAUGCAUCCAAUGUUUGUAACCAUAACUC